GAGAUGACGCGCGGCCCGCGCUUCCGCGUCGGGAGCCGGCGGCGGAUCCCGGGACGCGGAGACCCGGGGUCCCGGCAGCGGGGCGGCCCGCGGGCCCGGGGCUGGGAUGCAUCGCCGCGGGGUGGGAGCCGGCGCCAUCGCCAAGAAGAAGCUGGCCGAGGCCAAGUACAAGGAGCGAGGAACUGUCUUGGCUGAGGACCAGCUGGCCCAGAUGUCAAAGCAGUUGGACAUGUUCAAGACCAACCUGGAGGAAUUUGCCAGCAAGCAUAAGCAGGAGAUCCGGAAGAAUCCAGAAUUCCGGGUGCAGUUCCAGGACAUGUGCGCCACCAUCGGGGUGGAUCCUCUGGCCUCUGGAAAAGGAUUUUGGUCUGAGAUGCUGGGCGUGGGAGAUUUCUAUUAUGAGCUGGGUGUUCAGAUCAUCGAAGUGUGCCUGGCCCUGAAGCACCGGAAUGGAGGUCUGAUAACUCUGGAGGAACUACAUCAGCAGGUGUUAAAAGGAAGGGGCAAAUUCGCACAGGAUGUCAGCCAAGACGACCUUAUCAGGGCCAUCAAGAAGCUGAAGGCGCUCGGCACCGGCUUUGGCAUCAUCCCCGUGGGUGGCACCUACCUCAUUCAGUCUGUUCCGGCUGAGCUCAAUAUGGACCACACGGUGGUGCUGCAGCUGGCGGAGAAAAGUGGCUACGUGACCGUCAGCGAUAUCAAAGCCAGUCUUAAAUGGGAGACCGAGCGAGCGCGGCAAGUGCUGGAACACCUGCUGAAGGAAGGGCUGGCCUGGCUGGACCUGCAGGCCCCCGGGGAGGCCCACUACUGGCUGCCCGCUCUUUUCACGGACCUCUACUCCCAGGAGAUUACAGCCGAGGAGGCCAGAGAAGCCCUCCCCUGACUCUGGGAGCGCCCGGGGGGUGGGGGCCCAGCAGCUGGCAGGGAGAGGAGGGGAGAGCGGUGGGCGAAUAAAACCCGAACAACUUUG